CGUGUCUGCUACUAUAAACUACAGCGAGUGGGAAAACCCCGUCAAAUAGAUCUGUCAGUUACCGAGGACGAUUCAGUUGUAUUUGAUCAGCUAAUAGCUACAUUUUGAUUCAUCAUUCCAGAGAAAUGGCCAAAUUUUUCUACGCGCUGCAUAUUUCGUUGUUCUUUGCAGCGGUAUUUGCCAAAUCCGUCGAAGAUGGAAACAAAUCUCGUGGAAAACUUUCGGAGCAGGAACAUUACGACAAGGAAGGUCAGCACAACUCGGAAUACGAUCACGAAGCUUUCCUUGGAAAACAGAAGAAAACUUUCGAUCAGCUUACCCUCGAAGAGUCCAAAGAAAGACUUGGGAAAAUUGUUGAUAAAAUAGACAAAGACAAAGAUGCGAAAGUUACAAAAGAAGAACUUGGAGAAUGGAUUAAAUUCACCAGGGAUCAAUACAAUGAGGAAACUAUCGAUAAAAAGUGGAAAGAUGUCAUAGCAAGAUUACAGAAAGUAAUGUCUCGAAAGGAUGCUUCAUCUGCUAGAACGGUUGAUCCUGAUGGAGCUAUCUCGUGGGAGGAUUACAAUGAAGUCAGCUAUGGAGGACAGUCAGAAGAGGAAAUAGAUGACACUUACAAGGGACAAGUGAAGCGAGAAAAACGAAGGUGGAAGAUGGCAGAUCUUGACCAAGAUGGUAAACUAUCCAGAGAAGAGUUCAGUGCCUUUUAUCAUCCAUGGGAUCAUGAACAAACACAUGAUGCCGUUGUACAGGAAACCAUCGAGGACAUGGACAAAGAUAAAGAUGGAGUCAUAUCACUCAGGGAGUACCUAAAGGAAGUUCAGCCCAAGGAUGAAAAAGACAUGACAGAGGAAGAAUUGGUGCAGAAAAGAGUGGAUGAGGAAUAUUUUCGUACAAACCGUGACAAAAACAAGGAUGGUGUGAUGGACAAGGAUGAAGUCAAGGAAUGGAUGUUUCCCUCAAAUUAUGAUGCUAUCAAAUCUGAAGUGACUCAUUUGAUUUACCAUGCUGAUAAUGAUAAGGAUAAGUUGUUGACAAAGGAAGAAAUUCUCAACAAUCAUAAGUAUUUUGUUGGAAGCAAAGCAACAAAUUAUGGCAAAGAUCUGACCAGACAUGAAGAGUUUUAAACUUCUGGCAAAAGAGAUUUUUAUAUACAGCUUACCUGUGCUAGCUUAUUUGCCAAAGUCUAUUUUUUAAAAGCUACAGGUUUCAUUGCAUGUUACAGGUUUAACUACUUUUUAUGCUUGGUUUUAUUUUACUGAAUUUAAUAUAUGAAAAGAGUUUUAAAAAAGAUGCUAUUUUUUCAAAAAACCAUAACAAAUGUUAGAAACAACUUCAUUGAUUGAAUUGUGAUUAAAAUUAUUUUAUUUGUUGAGA